GUUUGUUUUCUAUUUUCAGAGUCUCACUCACAACCAGAUGUGUGUGGUCGGCCUGCGCUUAACACCAGGAUUGUUGGAGGACAGGUGGCCUCUGCAGGCAGCUGGCCCUGGCAGGCCAGUCUGCAAGACUCUACAGGGUUCCACUUCUGUGGAGGAUCCCUCAUUAACAAUGAAUGGGUGCUGACUGCUGCUCACUGCUUCUACAGCACAGGCAUAGACCCAAACACUGUGACUGUGGUUCUGGGUCUCCAGACUCUACAGGGAUCAAACCCCAAUCAAGUGACUCAGACAAUCUCACAGACCAUCAUUAAUCCCGACUAUAACCCCAAUAAUCAUGACGACGACAUCUGCCUCCUGAAGCUCUCCUCACCGGUGACUUUCACCACCUACAUCCUGCCCGUCUGCCUGGCAGCCCCAGGCAGCACCUUCUACAAGGGCACUGCAGCCUGGGUCACUGGCUGGGGCGACAUUGCAAGUGAUGUGUCCCUUCCUUCCCCAGGAAACCUGAUGGAGGUGCAGGUGCCGGUUGUGGGGAACAGAGAGUGUAACUGUGACUAUGAAGUGGGCUCAAUCACAAACAACAUGAUCUGCGCCGGGUUAAGUGCUGGAGGGAAGGACUCCUGUCAGGGGGAUUCAGGAGGUCCGAUGGUGAGCAAGCAGGGCGGUCGCUGGAUCCAGGAGGGAAUUGUCAGUUUUGGUAACGGCUGUGCCCUGCCUAAUUUCCCAGGAAUUUACACCCGAGUGUCCCAGUAUCAGUCCUGGAUCAACAGCCAGAUCACCAGCAACCAGCCAGGCUUCAUCACCUUCACGUCCACUGGGACUGACGGUGACCUCAGUGUCACCUGUCCUGGCCUGCCACCACCUCCAACCACCUUGAUGCCAACAACUCUCACUUCAACAACUCUCGUCUCUCCAGCUGUGGUCUGUGGCCAAGCCCCACUGAAUUCAGGUGUUCUGGGAGGAAGCUCUGUGGCGACAGCUGGUGUUUGGCCAUCGAUGGCGAGCCUACGGAACAAUGGAAGUCAUGUGUGUGGUGGGACUCUGGUGGCUUUGGACUUUGUGUUGAGUGACGCCAACUGCUUCUCAAGUUCACCCAUAGCGUCUGAAUGGACUGUCGUUUUGGGUCGUUUGAAUCAGAAUGGAUCCAACCCCUUUGAGGUGGAAUUAAAUGUGACAAAUAUCACUCUGAGCAACUUCACUGGGUCUAAUGUAGCAGUGCUGCGUCUGGCAACCAGACCCUCCCUGUCCAACCACAUCCAGCCCAUCUGCCUGGACAACGGACAAACCUUCGCUGUUGGCUCGAUGUGCUGGGCUGCUGGCUGGAGCGCCGGGCAAGGAGGGGUUUAUCAAGUUCUGCACGAGUUCCAGACCACGGUGGUAAACUGUGGAAACACGUCAACGAGUGGCAGCAUUUGUACGAGCUUUUUUACUUUGGGGCAGGGUGGUUCUGGCGGUCCAAUGAUGUGUAAGCAGGGCGGCUCUUGGUUCCAGGCAGCAGUGUUGUCAGUUGAAAACAACAGCACCAGUCAAACACGAGCAGAUCCAGUGAUGGUCUUCACCAAACUCAGCCGCUUUGAAACCUUCCUGACUCAGACAGUGGGGACGUUCUUAUCUCCAGCCUCCACCACCACCAGCAGCAACACAGCUGCCACCAAUACUCUCACCACCAGCAGCAACACAGCUGCCACCAAUACUCUCACCACCAGCAGCACCACCACCACCAGCAGCAGCACAGCUGCAACCAAUACUCUCACCACCAGCAGGGGUGCUCCUGCUCACUCCCCCUUCUUCUUCUUCCAUCUCCUCAUCUUCUCUGUGUGUCUCCACCUCUUAAUUGGCUGCCGACCCUGCAUUUCUCACGCUGUGUCUUUAUUGUCUCUCUCCUCAGUGUGUGGUCAGCCUCCGCUCAACACCAAGAUUGUUGGAGGACAGGUGGCCUCUGCAGGCAGCUGGCCCUGGCAGGUCAGUCUGCAAGACUCUGGGUUCCACUUCUGUGGAGGAUCCCUCAUUAACAAUCAAUGGGUGCUGACUGCUGCUCACUGCUUCGCAAGGUAAGCACUGAAGUAGGUGGGUGGGGACACGGGCACUCUGGUUGUGUCUCUGGGUCUCCAGAGUCUACAGGGAUUGAACCCCAAUAAAGUGUCUCGGACAGUAUCACAGAUCAUCAGACAUCCCGACUAUAACUCCAUCACUAAAGACAACGACAUCUGCCUCCUGAAGCUCUCCUCUCCGGUGACUUUCACCACCUACAUUCAGCCCGUCUGUCUGGCAACCCCAGGCAGCACCUUCUACAAGGGGACUGUCUCCUGGGUCACCGGCUGGGGCACCAUUGCAACUGGAGUGCCCCUUCCAUCCCCAGGAAACCUGAUGGAGGUGCAGAUUCCGGUUGUGGGGAACAGACAGUGUAACUGUGACUACAGAGUGGGCAGGAUCACAGACAACAUGAUGUGCGCCGGGUUAAGUGCUGGAGGGAAGGACUCCUGUCAGGUGAUCAUUUUUACCUGUGUGUUUGUGUCAGAUUUGACUUUCUGCAAAGAUUCCUUCUCCUAAAUGUUUGUCUCUUUAAAGGGGGAUUCAGGAGGUCCGAUGGUGAGCAAGCAGGGCAGUCGCUGGAUCCAGGAGGGAAUCGUCAGUUUUGGAAUAGGCUGUGCCCUGCCUAAUUUCCCAGGAGUCUACACCAGAGUGUCCCAGUAUCAGUCCUGGAUCAACAGCCAGAUCACCAGCAACCAGCCAGGCUUCAUCACCUUCACGUCCACUGGGACUGACGGUGACCUCAGCGUCACCUGUACAACUCUCACUUCAACAACUCUCGCUCCAACAACCACAGCCCCACGUAAGUCUGUGGUCUGUGGCCAAGCCCCUCUGAAUUCACGUAUUCUGGGAGGAAGCACGUUGGCGACAGCUGGUGUUUGGCCAUGGAUGGCGAGCCUACGGAACAAUGGAAGUCAUGUGUGUGGUGGGACUCUGGUGGCUUUGGACUUCGUGUUGAGCGACGCCAACUGCUUCUCAAGUUCACCCAUACCGUCUGAAUGGACUGUCGUUUUGGGUCGUUUGAAUCAGAAUGGAUCCAACCCCUUUGAGGUGACACUGAAUGUGACAAAUAUCACUCUGAGCAAACUCACUGGGUCUAAUGUAGCAGUGCUGCGUCUGGCAACCAGACCCACCCUGUCCAACCACAUCCAGCCCAUCUGCCUGGACAACGGACAAACCUUCGCUGUGGGCUCGACGUGCUGGGCUGCUGGCUGGAGCGCCGGGCAAGGAGGGGUUGAACAAGUUCUGCAGGAGUUCCAGACCUCGGUGGUAAACUGUGGAAAUGCUUCAACGAGUGACACCAUUUGUACGAGGUCUUUCACGCUGGGGCAGGGUGAUGCUGGCGGUCCAGUGAUGUGUAAGCAGGGCGGCUCUUGGUUCCAGGCAGCAGUGUUGUCAGUUAAUAACAACAGCACCAAUCAAACACGAGCAGAUCCAGUGAUGGUCUUCACCAAAGUGAGCAGCUUUCAGACCUUCCUGGCUCAGACAGUGGGGACGUUCUUAUCUCCAGCCUCCACCAGCACCACCACCACCACCACCAGCAACAACAGCACAGCUGCCAACACUACUCUCACCACCAGCGGGGGCGCUCCUGCUCACUCCCCCUUCUUCAUCCUCCAUCUCCUCAUCUUCUCUGUGUGUCUCCACCUCUUGUCAUAG